GUCUUAUUAAUCCUCUUAACAAGCCUAAAAUGUCUCCUUUUUAAUAUAAACCCACUUGAUACGAUGUCUAAUUAGUGGAACUCAACAACUGAUUAUGACAUCCAAACUCUAAUUCAUUUUCUAAUUCUUCUCCGAUCAUCAAUAACUUUUGACCAUUAACCUAUUUAAACCAACAAAUUCAUUUACUCUGCACACUGCACAAACUUUCCUUUUUUUUGGGUCCAAAAUCUUAAAAAUGGGUCAUCAACGAGAACGGGCGAAGCUAAGAUUUUGUAAAGACACGGUUCGUGUUAUUGGGAUUAUUUUUUCAUUAGUGUUGUUGGGGUGGAUAGUUCAUAUGGGUUAUAAGUUAACAACAGAAACCACAGAAAUUGAAUCUGGUGAUGCUGAGGGAUGUUCUUUGGCUCUUGUGUUCGGGGCGAUCACGGUCGGGUUAGGUUUGAUCUAUUUUAUUAUUGGGUUGAUGAUUGUUGCUGAGUUAGCCUUGGAUGUGUUGGCUUGGUUAGAAAAAGAAGGAUCAAUCAAUUACAAAGAAAAGGAGCACAGGACUGUUUGUCAGAUGAUCAUACAAAUUACAGCAACCAUGGCUUCCAUGUCAAUGCUUACAUGGGCAAUAUACUAUGGUUAUAAGCUAGCAUCAGAAGCUCAAAGGGUGGUUGUGUACAACCGGUUGGCGUUCUUGAUAGGAGUUAUUACAAUGGCUUUUGGCUUCAUCUAUUUCAUUAUUGGGAUUGCUUUAGUAGCAGAUUCUGCACUACAUUUCACUGAUAGAUUACAACAGAGUGGCACUCAAAGCGAUCUAAUCUCAGACGGAGACAUCCAUGAAAGUCUUCUGGUGUAAGGCGUUCAAACGCAUCACUGACUACAGUUUUCUUUUCGGAUUGCUAACACGCUGACACUGUAAAUGAGUAAUGAGUAAUGACAUUCGGGCAUGUAAAUCGAAAGGGCUCGAGACUCGAGUGCUUCGUGGGAAAGCAGAGACCGAGCAAGCAGUCGAAUUUGAUCAACAACUCAAGACACAAUCAUCAGGAAACAGGAAUGCCUCCUUACCCAACAUUUGUGGAUUUUUUUGUUUUAGAAGAAGCAAAUCAAUUGGUUAAUAGCUUAUAGUUGCACAUUGCAUAUUGCACAUUUAGAUCAUGGAACUAAAUCCAGAUCAUAAUAUAACUAAAUGUAGAUCAUGUAACUCCAUGUCGUUUUUCGAGCUAAUUGAUGUGUAAUUAUUUUCACUUUCUGUUGUCAUUUCAUAUUUUUUUUGGUGUUUUCGAGGUGGUUACGAGCUUAUUA